AUGGAUGAACUCAUCCGCCACUGCCUUCGCGAGCUCUCCUUCGACGGCGAUCUAGGCUGCGACGCCUCGCGCCUCCACGACUUCAUCCUCGACUUCUACACCCAUCAGGCCCACGAGCAGGAACAGGAGCACGCCGCCCAGGGGCCGGCCUCCGGCCUCCCCGCGCAGACGAUUGACGACGCGUUCUGCGCGUUCGUCUGGGCCGUCAUCGUGCUCCAGCCUGGCGUGCGCGUCGGGACGGUCCCCGUGGGCGGCUCGACUGAGGUCUACAUUGCCCCGCAGGCGAGCGCGGUGCGCAAGGCCAAGGCUAAGGGCGGCGAAGAUGCGCCUGCGCCUGCGCCCGCGGCGGGUUUGGACAUCAUCGAAGACGCGACCGUGCGACCAUUUGAGGAGCUGUGGGAGGCGUAUGAGGAUAAGCUGAGGAUUGCGGUCGACCCCGAGACGACGUUCUUUGCGUUGACUGGGUCCCAUGUGAGGCCGUCGAAGUUGACUCCUAUGAUAUACACGGGCCUGCAGAUGAUUACUCGUGGAAGGGACCAAGGUAUCAGCGUUGUAGAACUUGGGCGAAAGUCCGGCUACGAUCAGAAGACAUGCUUCUACAUCAUCAAACAGCUCGUUGAGCUCGAUCUGGUUGUCAAGCUCAGGCAGCCAGGAGUCAGCGGCAACAUCUGCGUGCACAAAUACUUCUACGAGCGUAGCCCAGUCUGGCAGCAAGUCGUCGCGGAAGAGAAAGAGGCCGUCUCGAAGGCGCAGGUUGACGGCGGUGAUUCGGAAGAAGAGGACGAAGCCGAUGAGACGAAGCCGCUUACCAAUGUGCACUUUGACCCCAUCGACUCCCGCCACCUGUCGAGCCUGCCUGUGCUUAAGGCGCGUCUGAUGAAGCUGUUGAAGAACUGCCCGCAUCAGAUGCACACGUCGACCAACCUGAUGAUUAAGAUUGGUUUCGUCAACCCAGUGAAAGCUGAUCGCCGUUUCUUCCGCACGAGAUUGCGCGAGCUGGAAGACCAAGGGUUCAUCGAGAGAGUGCGAGUUGCGCAUAUCAACAGGAAGCGCUUCCCCGACAAGAAGAUCAUCUGCAUCCGACUCAUCUCGAGUGAUGGUGAAGAGCCAGAAGGGGCUCUGGCUGCAGACGAGGAUGUGGAGAUGAUCGAGCCUGUCGAUGACACCACCGCGCCCAAGACCAACGUCUCCAUCCACCGGCAAAUUAUCGACAUCAUCGCUUCGGCUGGCACCAAGGGCGUGACGCUCAACGACAUCUCCGUCGCGCUCGGCGACUUCGACAAGCGCACGAUUGACCUCCUCCUCAACCGGCUCGCCAAGGAUCUCGCGGAGACGCACGGGCGUGAGCGCCGGUACAAGUACUACACCGCCGCACACUACCGCGCGCUCGCCGAGGAGGAGCAGUUCGACGACAACGACGGGGCGGUGGACGCAUUCUACGAGGACGCGGAGGCGUUGGACGCGUACUUGCAGAGGAUGACGGCGGAGAGGAUGAAGGGGCCGGGGAAGAAGGAGCAUAUCAACCCGAUCUUGCCGGACGGGUCGGUCAAGAAGGGGCGGCCACGGAAGUCGGACGUGGCGUCGGAAAAGAAGGGCAAGAAGCGGAAGCGGGAUGAGGAGGAGGGAGAGGGAGUGGAGCCACCGCCUAAGAAGAAGCGCGGUCGCCCGCCAAAGGUACGACCUCCUGAAGGGGAGGCUGAGGCUGGGCCUUCAACGGCAACGCCUUCCGCACCACGCAAGAGAGGACGGCCCAGGAAACAUCCUCUUCCCGAGGAGACGAACGCGGAAGCUCGACCGUCGACCGCCGUUCAAGAGAGCAUUUCGCAAGCACCUGCUCCGAAACGGCGAGGUCGUCCUCCCAAGAAACGGCUAGCCGAAGUUCCUUCUGCUGAAGACGCCCCUGCCGAGGACGCCCCUGCGGCAGCUGUAAGCAACGAGCCUGGUGUCAUCGUUGCUCCGGAAAACCAAGAACCUACCGACGCUGACGCAACUCCUGUUCCCCCCAUCGAGCCCGCAGUUGUACCUCUGGAUACGGCUGAUAGUGCAAGUGUGGGCGUCCGACGGUCAGCAAGGACACUAAAAGUGCGAAAGCGCGGAGAGUCGCAAUCACCCGUCCGCAAGACCCCCCGUCGCGCGUCGAGACCAACGGCAGUUACUACAGCGGAAGCCGACGUGUCGUCGAACAUAGACGUCGAUAGGCCUGCCGAACGGGAUCCUAGGCCUGCCAAGGAUGAGGCAUUUGCUGCAAGUGACGCGAAUAAAGUACAAGAAGUCCGCGCUGUAGUGUCGGUAGUUCAGACGGCCGAGGUUGCGGCGCCGCAGGCAGACCUCCCAGACGUCCCCAUUGAUCCCGCCCUCCUGGAGCUGCAGAGCAUUUCACAAGCUUUGAUAUCCAUGACUCCUGAAGCAGAAAUUCCAGUUGAUGCACAGGAUGUGUCGAAGAAGCGAGAUGAGCCGGAGACGCCCUCUUCACAACCAGCAAGCAAACGUAUCAAGACCGAAGGGUCGUCAAAGUUCAAGGCCAGGCAGAACCUGUCCCAGUCGCGACGAGAGAACGAGAUCAUGCGCAUGCUGAACGAGUCCGACGGGAUCAUGAAUACAAGUUGCAAAGAGUUCUUUGAGGCACAUGCGGCACUAGUCGACACCAUCACCGCAAGCGGCCAAGAGGCCAGUACUCGCCCCGGAGCUAAAAUUGACAAGAGGACGCUUGACGCCACGCUGAAGGAACUGGAGACGAAAGGGAAGAUCAGACUUAUCACCACAUCAGUGUCAACACUCACUGGAGGGACCCGCCUGGCCCGUAUCAUGUAUCAUCCGGAUACCACUCAAGAUGCGCUGAACGUCUUCUUGGUGACCCUCAGUCAAGACCUUCAAGUUCAUCAACCUAUCUCGAAUGCUCCUAAGAAGACUGUAGCAUUCCCCGUCCAGUAUGGUGGUGCAAGUCGGCAGCGCCCUAGCAAAACUCCUUCGAACAUUGUUCAAGACGUGGCUGAGGAUCAACAAGAAGUCGAAGAGGUCAAGGUCGGGAUUGCAAACCUUCCCCAGCUGUUCGAGAAAGACGAUCAAACGAUCCGAGACGCCUUGCUCAUGGACAAGAACACAGUGGCACAACUCUAUGGCUACAUUGCCGGCAGGGCAGCCCGUGCUCGCCUCCUCCAUUCACUUACAGUGGAGUUGUUCGAGAAGGACUCGCAGUCAUCUCAGAUCGUCUCGCACGAGCACAAGAUUGUGCAUCUCUCCUACUACUUCACCGACAUCCCCAUCGCCACCUACUGUGCCUUGAUCGCAGUCGUCAGCCCUAUGGAAGAACUUGAGCAGCUGCUUCAGACACCGCAAGGUUGCGAGACCCCUAUGCACUCCGUCUCAGAUUCUAUCCGGAAACUACUCGCUCCUUCGCAGGCCAGGUCACGCACCCGCAUUGUCUCCCUAAUGGACAUACUGCGAACCCUCGGCAUCGUCACGCCUCUCGUACCGUCUGAGUCUCCCAACCCGUCGUUUACUUGCCCGAACGAAGCUCAACAUCCCACUACCUUUGAAUAUGCGGACGCAGCUCAAUACACGCCCACCGGUGCCCCAUUGUUCUGGAAGUUCAAUGACGCUGUACCUUUGCACCUUUGGGCCGUCGGAGAAGGCGCACCGUCGACCUGGAAGACCGUCUCUGUUGCGACCACUGAGCAAGUUGAUGCGUACUGGCGCGAUCUUGAGCGCGUCAGCGCGGACCCGGCCUACGCUCUGGAGCUUCUAGGCGCAGCUCCCGCCUCCGAAGGCCAGGCGACGGAGGAAGUCAAGGUCCUCGCAACGACUCUGCGCCGUGCGGCUUCGUGGAGCCCCACCUACAAUCUCUCGUUUUACCAAACAGAAUUCCUCCGCCGCUUUAUCGAGCCCACGACUGGCAACACCCCACUAGAGAUCCUCGACGAGGCUGCGCGCGGUGUCGAGCUCGGCCGCCUCGCGUGGGUGAUCAGCUCAUCCCCCGAUACUGUCGCGUGCUGGUUCGAGAAGGCGCGCAAGCGGCACGCCCGCGAUCUCAAGAAGCUCAAGACGAAGAGCCGCGGCAAGCGCAAAGCCCGCGCGCCGGACGCAAACCAGGACCAGGGCGCCCGCGACGCCGAGUUGGCAGCCGAGCUUGCGCGCCGUGCCGCGGAGGAGCGCGCGCGGCGCGAGGCCGACUGGGCGGAGAUGGUCGCGCGCGUGCACCCCGGGGAGCUUCGGGCGUCCGCCGUGCACCGCGUGCACCGCGUCCGAGGCCGAUUCCUGGCCGGGGCGGGCAAGCCGGGCGAGAAGUGGGAGGGGCGCAUCCGCGAGGCGAUUCGCGAGGCAGACGUCGUCGCAGAGGCACUCCUCUCGCAGGGCCGCGCGGGGCUGUUCGCGCAGGCGGCGAUCGCGGUGCCUAGUGCCGCGGGCCCACCGGUCGCGGUCGCAGCUGCAGUGCAGGAGAAAGAUGUAGACGAACUCAUCGCGGCGCAGGGGCCACGGGUGGCAAAGAACGCGACGACAGGGCAAAAAACGAAGAAGGGGAAGGGGAAGGGGAAGGACACCGAGAAAGCUCCCAAGGACCAUACCCCUCGCCGUCAUCGUUUCCUAUGGAACAGGGAUUACGAUGAAAUGGUCCGCGAUGGAUCAGUCAUCAUCAAGGCGCGGUGUCGUCAUGGUACGAGGCUCGAUUGGGGAGCUAUGGAACAAGUUUUCCCCGCUGUGCCACGCAACUCGGUUAGGCAGCGGCUCGUUCACCUGAAAGAAGUCCCGGGCACUGAGACGUACCUCACUCGUCUCGAAGACAAGUGGUACGAGGUAUGGGUACAGAACAGAGGCACAGAUGAGCUACCCGAUCCAGAUCCCGAGAGCGCUACCAAUUUCGAUCUUGCGGCACACAUCAAGUUCCUGCGCAAGCACGUUGACAAGAAUGCUAUUCGUGUCGGGUUUGUCGAGAUUGAUGCCAACCAGAAAGUGGAUCUACCUGCAACACUGGAAGACAUCGACGAGCACUACGACGUCGUGGAGAAGCACCCGAGCGCACCACCAUGGGAUUUUAUGUGGACCGUUGUCGCAGAAGAAGCUCGCGAGAAAUUGUUCGCCCAUCAUGCAUUCACCGCGGACAUCGAGGAUAUGCCGCCUGCAUCAUCUCACAAAUCCGACCUGCAGUAUGUAGCCGAUGCAGCUGUGAAGAUCGCAUUGGGCAAUCCUAACGAGACCUACGACAUGGACCUUGCGUCAGACCUCCUGAAGGCCGUCGGUGAAGAUCGAGUCAAGUCGUCAACAACAGACCUUCUCAAUCGCGGCGUGCUCGCCAAGAUGGUCCGCGAUCCCGCCAAGCUUAAGCCCGGCAGGACACUCAAGAUCUCCGAAAGCAACUCGAACGCGCUAGGCGGUCAGCUUCCACGCGAGCUGUUCCAAGACGCAGUGGCACUUGAAGAGACUAUCGUGCAGCAGCAACAGCUGCGUGAAUCAGAGUCAACGGAGGAUUGGCAGGAGUGGCCCUUGCUGGCAACUGAUGGUGACACCGCAUUCUUGCUGGAAUUAGCCUCCGAUGGCAAGGCCCGCUUUGAUGUCGACACUUCGCAACCACGAUCAAUGCGGGCCGCCAUCGACUGGAAUAGCAAGAAGGCGGAUGAUGACGACAUCGAGACCGCCGUCCGCGUGCACUAUGCCGACAUCGACGCUCCGCCUUCAGACACUCCCGCGGGACCUGACGAAGGCCGCGAGCCACAGACCGCGACCCUUACGACCAUCCCGCUCGACCCCGCGCUAGUGAGCGAGGAGGCCGCCUUCGCAGGCCCACACGGCGUUCUGCUCGACGGCGCGCCCGCAUUCUGUCGUCAAACCUCUGACGGACUGGUCGACUGCCCUGCGUGCAUCGAAGCCGCCAGGACGUCGCUAUUGGCACAACUGGAGCAGAACGAGACGUGGGUCGCGUGUCGUAUGGUUGCUGCGCUCCGCAGUGCAGGCGUGAUGGGAUUGACAAAACGGCAGCUUCUGACGGACAUCAACAUCGUUGAAGAUGGAGAAGAAGCCCCGGCAGGAAUUACGGAGAGCACGGUCUUCGCGGUCGCCCGGCGUCUAACCGAUGGGGAGGUCCCUCUCGCGCAUUGGACGGGCUACAUCACCCCGGUCCUUGUCUCAGCGAUGCACCUCCGCGAAUGGACCGUGGUCGUCACCGGACGAAAUGCUGCCGCCGACGACGCCGACGGCUCUCACACCCACGUCGAAGGGACCGACGAUGAUGCCGGCACAGCCGCCCGUGCAAACGCGCGCAAGUCGAUGCUUUUCCCGAGACGAUGGCUCGACAUCCGCGGGUGGAAGCUAACGGAGGUGUGGGACGCGGCACUGCGCGCGGUGCUCGCCCUCGUGCUCUUGCGCCCGGGGAUUUCUCAGGCGGAGAUACGCUGGCGCCUGAGAUCUGUGUACGACAGGCAGGAAGUCGGCGAGGUGCUGCAGGCGUUACUCGAGGAGGGACAGAUCGCGGCGAGGGUGGCGGAGGGCACGCGCACGCCGUUCGAGGGAGGCAUCCCUGCGGACGAGCAGGAAGAGAAGUUCAUAUGCUGGUUCUUGGCCGACGGAGAGAGGCGCUGGUAUCAGCUGUAG